CAAGAAAAGUGGUGUCGGGUGGGAGGAGGAUGGGGAGGCGACAGCAACCAGAAACUGUGGGUGUCUUAGAUAGGAUCAAUAAUUUGCCUGACUCUAUUCUUUCACACAUUUUGUCCUUCCUUCCCAAUAAAGAAGCAGUUCGAACUUCUAUUCUUUCAACCAGGUGGAAGUAUCUCUUUGCUUCCUCUAUAUCUAUCCUUGAUUUUGAACAUUGCUUAAAAAAUCUGUAUGAGGAAGAUGUUAACAACUUCAUGAAUUUUGUUGAUACAUUACUUUUUAAUCCCAGAGACCGGGUCCAUUUAGAAUCCUUUCGGGUGAAUGACUAUUUUGUGGAUGAUGAGGAUGAUUAUUUACCCCUUUAUGGUUGGAUAUCUACUGCACUGUCUCGUGGUCUUAAGAAUAUUGGCAUUAAUUUCAUAAACGAGAAGGUUCCAGUUUUGCCCACUCUUCUAUUUACUUCUCACUCACUGGUGACUCUCACACUGUUCUUGCACAUCAAAGAUGACAUGAAGAUUCCAACUAAUGCUUGUUUACCAAAUCUCAAGAACCUAUGCCUUACAAACUUAGCAUUCGAAGAUGGUUAUUCAAUUCUCAAGUUAAUUUCCAGUUGCCAUGUCUUAGAAGAUUUGACUAUCUAUGAUUGUUGUUUUCAUAGCAUAAGUGAGCUCAAUAUUCAUAAUCUUUUGCUUAGGAGACUGAUUUUAUGUUUUGAACACGUUUGUGUAAGAGAUUAUGAUUAUGUGAUGGCGAUUGAUGCUCCAAGUCUUGUCUAUUUCGAAUAUACUGGCAUAGUAGGCAAAGGCUAUACUUUAAGUAACAUGAAGUCUCUAGUAAAACCUGAGAUUAGUAUCUCUCAUUUCCAUGAAGUGCAUAGUGAACGAAGUGCUACUCAGCUUCUUCAGGGAACCUGCAAUGUACAGUCUCUACAUUUAGCCAUUGAAGCUUUUAAUGAAACGUUUUUUCGAACGCAUCUUGAUCCAAAGCUUGUAUUUCACAAUCUUGUUGAAUUGGAAUUUCAUUCUUACUAUUGUUAUCGGAAAGGAGUGCGGCUUGUGGAGUUUCUACAUAAUGUGCCUAAUCUAAAGACCCUUAUUCUGGAUCUGGCUGAUGGUGAAGAAGGAUUGAGAUCACUACCUAUACCUUCUUGUUUGUUAUUUCAUGUCAAGGAGAUCAAAAUUUCAGGAGUUGAUGGAAGCAAAUAUGCGUUUGAAAUGAUUAGUUAUUUCUUGAACCAUGCAAUGGUUCUGGAGAAGCUCAUAUUAAAAAUGAUUAACCUGCUUGGAAAAGAUGAAUUGUGCAUCUUGAAAAAACUAUUGAGGUUACCAAGGAAUUCAAAGAAAUGUGAAGUCGCCGUACACUAGUAUUUCUUAUGUUAUGAUUGGAACUGUUUGGUUUUGUGUGGCACUUUGGAGAAAUUAAAUGCGAUAUGGUGUUAUGGUUAGAAUUAUUCAUUGUCUGCUAUUUCUGUAUUUCUCUCUUCCAUUUUUGGUUUAUGUAACAGUGUUAGAACUGUUCGUUGAAUGU